UAGGAGGAGUGGAGUAGGAGAUCCUCUCCCCUGUACCUCCAAAUUGAGAAUUUGAAGUCCUAGGUUAUGUAAUCGUAUCCCACUGGGUGCCCGGAUUGGAGUCAGAUCACAGAGAGAAUGUCGAAGAAGAACGAUUUAGUUCGGAGAAAAAGGCUGCAUGAUUUCGAUCUUAAAAGAGAAAAAGAAGCGAAGGAAAAGAGGGAAAAGAAGCUGAAUCCCAAGAAAAAUAAGAUGAAAGUUGAUGGUAGCAGCAGUAGGAAGAAGGGUGGGAGUGGAUUUCAAGUAGGAAAGAAAAAGUUGAACACGAGGAUGACACCAUUGGCCAAAGCUAAAGCUUCCCAAGCGAUGGAGGUUGACAAGAAUAGUGUGCCCUUAUGUUUAUGUCUUACGGCAGUUCGUUGUGGUCAAGACAAUCCCAUCUCACAUGCUUGACUUUGUUAUUCUAUUACUAUUGCCUGAUGUUGUGUCCUAUUGUAAUGAACCAUCAGUCUAUGAGUUGAGUUUGCACUACGUUGAUCCCUUCUCUCAA